GCCACCAAACAAAGAACUCUGGUUCAAGUUUUAAGUUGAGCAGACAUGGUCGUUCUCUUAUUGAAAAGUUUAAAGAAUCUGGUUUGAAAAGUAUUGAAUUAGGUUCGAAAGUUGAUCAUGGAUAUCAAUCAAAUGAAGAGGAAAAAUAUGUAUCAAAGGGAGAUGACUUUGGAGCAAAGGGAGAUGAAUAUGAAUCAAAGAAAGAAAAAUAUGGACCAAAAAGUGAUGAAAAUGGAUCUAAAGGAGAUGUAUUUGGAUUUAAAGGAGAGGAAUAUGGAUCGAAGGGAGAUGAAUGUGGAUCAAAAGGAGGUGAAUAUGGAUCAAUUGGUGAGGAAUAUGAAUCAAAAGGAGAUGAAUAUGGAUCAAAAGGAGAUGAAUAUGAUUCAAAAGGAGAUGAAUUUGUAUCAAAGAGAAAUGAAUAUGAAUCAAAGGGAAAUGAACAUGAAUCAAAGGGAGAUGAAUAUGGAUCAAAAGGUGGUGAAUAUGGAUCAAAAGGAAAUCAAUAUGAAUCAAAUGAUUAUGAAUUUGGAUCAAAAGGAGAUGAAUAUGUGUCAAAAGAGGAUGAAUUUGGUUCAGAGGGAGAUGAAUAUGGAUCAAAGGGAGAUAAAUGUGGAUCAAAAAGAGAUGAAUGCGAAUCAAAGGGAGUUGAAUAUGGAUCAAAAGGAGUAGAACAUGGAUCAAUAGGAGCUGAAUACAGUUUAAAAGGAGAUGAAUAUGAAUCGAAAUGGGAUGAAUUCGGAUCCAAAUAUGAUGGUUAUGAAUAUAAAGGAGUUGGGUUUGGCUCGAAGGGAGAUAUCUUUAAAGGAAAAAAAUAUGGCAUGGAAGCCGGUGAUGAUUACGACAACAAAUGGGAAGAUUUUGAGUCCAAUGUUCAAGGCUCCAUGCAAUAUUAUGACGACAACGAAGAUGAAGAUUUCGGAAAAUACGAUAAGAUGAGCGACGCAAAUUAUAAGAGCAAGGGCUCGAAGUCUAAAUAUUACGGAAGUAAACGGGAUCAGUCUGGGGACGACCAGGAUGAAAGCGGGCACAGUUACGACAAGGGUCAAGACUCUGACAACGACGACGACUCGUCUGCCGGCUAUUACAGGGGAUUUGGGGCCAAGGAGGACUGUGACGACAGUGGAGAAUAUUCCGAAGUAGGAUUUGCAUCCACGGAAAGAGAGCUCAACAAUGGAAAAGGUUAUGGGGCUAAGGGAAGUGAGUCCGAAGAAUCAGGCGAUUACAGUGGUCAAUAUUUUGCAAAUGAGCAUGGCUCAAGCAGCGGCUACGGCGACAGUGACAAAGGCGAUAAGUUCAACAAUGGAAAAGGUUAUGGGGCUAAGGGAAGUGAGUCCGAAGAAUCAGGCGAUUACAGUGGUAAAUAUUUUGCAAAUGAGCAUGGCUCAAGCAGCGGCUACGGCGACAGUGACAAAGGCGAUACCAAAGGGUGCGAUAGUAAGGACGAAUACGAUGAGAGCGAUGGUGACUAUGGAAGUAAAGGGUCUGGUUCUGAUCAGUAUAACGAUGAGAGUGGAAAAUAUCACGACAAGGAAUCGAUUGCCAAAGGAGACUGUUACGGAGAGUCGUACGGAGCCAAAGGAGGAGAAUCUGACGAAGGCUACGGCGAAGAGACAUUUCACAAAGUGAAGGACUUUGACGGGGACGAUAAGGAAGAAAGUGUCGCAAGUGACAACGGCAAAAAAUACGGGUCAAAAGGAAGCAGCGGUUAUAAAGAUCAAGGUGGUUAUGGUUCCGGCCAGCAUGAUGAAAGCGGUGAAAAGGGGAGCGACUGGAAACAAGAUGACUGCGAGGACGACGAUGAGCUUUGUUACCACGGUGGCGAUGGCCUUAGCGAUGAAAAAGGUUAUGGAGAUGAGGGAUCGAGCAAACACAAAGCCUUCGGAUUGAAAGAAGGAAAGGAGGAGGAGGACUACGAUGAAAAGGAUUCAGGAGAGGGUAGUAAGUUGAGUUCAAAAGAGGGGGCAAGUCAAGGAAGCGAGUCUGGUUUUGAAACUGGAAAGUCGUCGGAUACAAAUGCUGAAUCUGAUACAGAGUUUUCGAAGAGAUCAGAAGCCAAGAAACUUGUGGAUUCUAAAUCAACAGCCAGCAUUGAAACCGAGGAGCAACAGAACGGGAAAAGCUACGGGGCUUAUAAGUACUCAAGGCUGAUCAGGUCGUCAGGCUUUAGUGCCAAUGACGAAAAUGGUAAAGCCACCUUAAAAAUCGUAUCGGAUGCAUCCGAAUCGCUGAAAGCGGUCGAUGCGGCCAGUGGUAAAACUGCGAGAGACUUAAAUGAGUUUGAGAAGGUGGGUGGUAAAGAUAUUAAGGAUAAUGUAGCAAAGAACAAUGUCGGUGAGGUGGACGCUCCAGACUCAUCAGGCUCGAAGGCAGGCAGUAGCGCUAUAGACGCCUCGCUUAAACUUAGUGCUGAAAAUUAUGUAAAUAGUGAUGAUCUCAACGAGGAAGACGAUUGUCACGACAGUGGUUUUGGGGGCACUGGGGGAAGCAAAAAUGACGAGAAAUCACUUGGCAAAACAGAAUCAACCGAUUCAGGUGUGGGAACAGGAAAAGACUAUCAAGACUUUGGUGGUAUUUCUUUUGAAAAAAGUGGCUUAAAAGAUAACGGAUUGUUGGACUUUGAAGCGGAAUCUGGCAGUGGGAAGCUCUCAGGCGAGCAAGAAGACUGCGAUGACGACGCUAAGACUGAUGAUGACGCUUCUUACAAGUCCCACCCCAAAAAUAUCGGAUUGGACCUUGGGAUUUAUGACGGAUCCGUCAAGCACAAAAGCCUCGAUGGCGAGAGCAGCGAUUCCGAUGAACACGAUUAUGUGUAUUCUGAAAAAAAUAAUUACGACUAUGGCGGACUAGGGGGUAAAAAAAAUGAGGAGGCGUACAGUGGCGACUAUUACCCCGAUGGAGAGCUUUACGCCAUUGACGGAAAGGUAGAUCAGUCCGUGGCAGAUACAAGCAAGGGAAACGAGGCUAUCAACAGCAAGGGCAGUAACUAUGGUGGCGACGAAGGCUACAGUUCCAAGGAAGGAUCGGCCGACGUAUAUGAUCCUGAUGACGGCUACAAGGCCGGUUAUUAUGGCUCUUCUGGUGGCGGAGGAUUUUCAAAGGGACAAGACGCGAAAAAUAGUUACGGUGCAGGUUAUGACUCUGGCAGCGGCAAAGGAAAGGCGGAUGAUAAAGAGGGACUCGAUUUGAAAGAGGAGAGCACGAAAAGCUUCAAAGGCGGUAAGGAGCUAUACUCCAGUGAUGAUAAUGGUAAAAACUCAGAAUCCGGUGGGGAAAAAAAUGUGGCGAGCUACACUGGGGAAUUCAAAGGCGGUGCAGGCGAAGCGGAUAAGGGGGGAAAAGAUUGCGAUGAAGCCCAAAGCUCUUCCUCUGAAGAAUACGAAGCCGAGGCAGAGUAUGAUUACGGUGAAGCCCCUGGGUUGAGUGGCAAGUCCUACAGUCACAAGACCUGGCACAAGACCACUGGUGGAUCAGGACACGGAUCAGACGAUAAGGACGGUGGGAAAUACGAUGCGUAUGAUGAGGAAUAUGAGGACGGCUAUGAAGGAUUUGGGGGCAAAGGUUAUGGAGGUUUUGAGGGCAAAGGUUAUGGAGGUUUUGAGGGCAAAGGUUAUGGAGGUUUUGAGGGCAAAGGUUAUGGAGGUUUUGAGGGCAAAAGUAACGGAAAGGGAUUCGCUUCCAAAAAUUCAGAUGACGGAUACGGAAGUGUAGAUUACGAAGAAGAGAAAGAAGGAACGAGCGAAAAAGAUUUAGAUGAUGUCAAAGAUUACAGCGGUAAAGAUGGUGUUGAUCAAGUUUAUAGCGAUACAAAAUUUGGCGGUGGUAAAGGCUUCAACAAUAAAGAUUACGACGAAAGUGAAGGAAAAGAUGGGAAAUAUUUCGGCGCUGGUAAAGGAUUUGGUGGUAAAGAUUACGAUGAAAGUGAAGGAAAAGGUGGGAAAUAUUCUGGCGCUGGUAAAGGAUUUGGUGGUAAAGAUUACGAUGAAAGUGAAGGAAAAGGUGGGAAAUA